AUGUUAAAGUCGAUUAGAAGACUCUCAUCCAGCUUGCGCACAAUGUCUUCUGAAUACUUGGUUACCGUUUAUGAUUUCCCCAAUGCUGACAGAACGAAAGUUCGUCCACAACAUGUCGCCGAUAUUCCUGCCAAUGUCCCUAAUCCGGUUCGUGCUGCUGGUGCCAUUUACACAGAUGAAUCAAAGACUAAGUUUGCUGGAAGUACUUUCCACUUGGCGUCCAAUUCGAGAGAGGAUAUCAUCGAGUUUUUAAAGAAGGACAUAUACUACAAAGAAGGAAUUUGGAACAUUGAUAGUGUCCAAAUUUAUCCCUUGGGUAUUGCCGUACGCUUACCUAAGAAAAUGGACGGUGUUGAUGAACUGAACUAUAAGAUCUAA